AUGGGGGCGGGCGGCGCAGCCAAAUGCCGGCGACAGUGUGCCUUUGGGCCAAUGGGGCACCACCGGGGAGGGUGGUGGGCAUUCAUGUUACUUAUGUUUAUCAUGAUUCCUGAAUGUGUGGCUGAUAAGUUGUUGCACAUCACCACUGCAGCGACGGGGAAAAUCGCAACAAAAACAGAUGUUUUCAGCUUUGGGGUGGUGUUGAUGGAGCUGAUAACCGGAAUGACCGCCAUCGACGAGAGACGCAUCGACGAGGAACCCCGGUAUCUGGCCUCCUGGUUCGGCCAGAUAAGGAAGGACGAAGAGAAGUUCAGGGCAGCCAUCGACCCUACCCUGGAUAUCACCGACGAGAUCUUCGAGAGCAUCUCGGUGAUCGCGGAGCUCACCGGGCACUGCACCUCCCGAGAGCCCUUGUGGCAGCCGGACAUGGGGCAUGUUGUGACGUUGCUAGGCCCGAUGGUGGAGAAAUGGAAGCCGUCGAGCAGCGAGACCGAGGACUACACGGACAUCGGCCUGGACCUGCCGCUGGUCCAGAUGGUGAAGGAGUGGCAGGAGUCGGAGGCGAGCAUGACCGACUACAGUAUCCUAAGCCUGAGCCUCGAGGACAGCAAGGGCAGCAUCCCCACCUGGUCUGCUGGGUUCGCCGAGUCCUUCACCUCCGCCGAUGGCCGGUGA